CCUCCCCCUGGAGUCCAGUACAGCCAUUCCUUGGCUUCCAAAGUUUGGGAUCAGCCUGGCCAUUUACAUUCCCCACAGCAGGCAGACUGAGCUCACCCAGAGCUGAGUUUCCUUGGUUAGACUCCCAGGGCCCCAGGAGAGCUGUGUGGAUGUUCCUGGUGAAGGAUCCAACCCCAGUCACGGCCCUUGGAAUCUGCUUUGCGCUGUCGCAGUGAUUAGGAGCGGCCAUGCCAAUGGCAGAGGGGCCAUGGGAGGGGGCCAGGGCCCACCAGAUCCAGAGGGCAGGGAAUGCACCAGGGGAGCAAUUCUAGCCAGAUCCUGCCAGGAAUCACCCCCAGCGAUGAAGGACUUCACUGAAAUCACGCUGUGCCCCGACAGGCUGGAGCAGAGUAAGACGGAGUUUUGCAAUCCCAUCUUCGAGCCCGAGAGCGAGGGGGCUGGCUGCGCACCCCCAACCCCCCACCAGACAGAGCGGGAGAACGGGACCAGCGCUGGAUCCCCCUGGGAUGGCCUUGCUCGCCCCGCAGGCCAACAGCUCUGGAGCAGGGUGGGCAGGAAACACAGGCCCGACUGCACCUUCUCCUGGCUGUGUGUAGCGCUGAUGAGCGCCUUGCUCUUGCUGCUCCUCGCCUUGCUGCUGGGGAUCAUCAUCUCCCAGCUGCAGUCCUCACACCCGGCCGGACCCUCCUCUGCGACUGCAUCCACCCACCACCACGCCGCCACCAUCACGGCACCUGCUGGCACAGCCGAGCCCAUGGCCACCGAGCCACCGAGAGCGCCACCCCCAGCCACUACACCCGAGCCCUCCUGUGGGGGGACCCUGCAGGGCCCUGAGGGCUCCCUCAGCUCCCCCAGGUACCCUGCCCCCUACCCACCCAACAUCCUGUGCAUCUGGCGCAUCCAGGUGGAGGACGGGCUGGCCAUCCAGCUGAAGAUCGAGUCGCUCAGCCUGGAAGGCACGAGGUGGUGCCUCUUUGACCGGGUGGAGCUGUACGAGGAGCUGGGGGCGGCUAGCGGCUCCCCUUGGGGAGGGACAUCCAGGUUUUGUGGGGACGUGGCGCCCCCGACAAUCAACACCAACUCCAACCGGCUGCGCGUCACCUUCGUCUCGGACAACAGCGUGGGGGCCCUGGGGUUCACCGCCCACUACCGUGCCAUCCUGCCCAGCGACAAGAGCUGUGCCUGGGACGAGUUUUUCUGCGACCAGGGGCUCUGCCUCCGCCUGGGCCUUGUCUGUGACGGCUUCCACGACUGCACAGAUAAGAGCGACGAAGCCAACUGCAGCUCGAGACACAAAGAAUGCGGUGGGUCAUUGACCAGCUUGGAGGGGCAGUUCUCCACCCCAAGCCACCCCCAGCCGUACCCGCAUCAGCAGCUGUGUCUCUGGCAGAUCGCCGUGCCCGGGGGCCAUGUGAUCGAUCUGCAAUUCCACAACUUCAGCCUGGAGUGGCAGGAGGACUGCACCUUCGACUUUGUGGAGGUGCACGACAGUGCCGGCACAGACGCCCCCAGCCUCCUGGGCAGGUUCUGUGGCUCCCAGCUGCCGCCCGUCCUGAGCUCCUCACAACACGUCAUGACCGUCCUGUUCAUGGCAGAUGAGGGCGUGGCGGAGGACGGGUUCUUUGCCACCUACCGUGCCCGAAACGCCACAGAAAAAACGUGCAGCCCCUCGGAGUUCUCCUGCAGCAACGGGGAGUGCCAGGCACGGGAGUCAGUGUGUGAUGGCUGGCACGACUGCCCGGAUGGGAGUGAUGAAUUCAACUGCACAAGUGUCUCACCCCCAUCCUUUGAGUCCUCCUGCCAGCAGAUCCAAGUGGAGAUGUGCUUGGGCCUCAGCUACAACACCACCUCCUUCCCCAACAUCUGGCUGACCAUCCCAGACCAGCAGGGGGCGGCCAUCAUGCUCCGAGAUUACAAGGUCCUGAUGGGGCUCCCCUGCUACCAGCACCUGCACCUGCUGAUCUGCAGCCUCUUCGUGCCCAAGUGCACGCCGGACGGGGGCGUCCUGCAGCCCUGCCGCUCCGUGUGCCUGACGGCGGAGCAGCGCUGCCAGCAGGCCCUCAGCCUCCUCAGCAUCCUCUGGCCCAUCAACUGCAACGUCCUCCCCGACUCCAACGACCCUGUGGAGUGCUUCAAGCCGUGAGGGGGCGGGGGGGCCCAAUGAGCAGAGGGGUGGGGCUGGCUCUCCCCCAGCCAGGCCAGAGACAUAACCUGUCUGACUUUGGGGCGGGUGGGGACUCGAACCCUUCUCCCCUUCCUGUGCAUUUCCCUUCGGGGACCUGAGGACACGGGGAGAGCCUGUGGGGCCCAGGAGCCCCAAAUAAAGGUGCUGGAGAAGAAACCACCCACCCUGAGACUGGGAGAUUGCUGCCCCAUAACUCCCCCUGGUAUCCCCCAUAACAGUCCCCUAAGGGAGCCGCCAGGGCUGGCCCUAAGGGCCUGGAAUGCGAGUGACUGGCUAUUGGGGCCCCACACUGCAUAGCCACGGCACUUUGGCAAUGCCUGGCCCCAUCCCCCCCCCCAUCCUGCAGUGGGGCUCAUGCCUUCUUCUCACCCACCAGAUCCCCCGAUACCCAAUCCAAGCAGAGGGGGAGGUGACUCUCUACUCCCCCCACCCCAGUCUACUUCCUGCAGCAAGGUGACAGCUCCCUCCCAGCUGCCCCAAGAAUGGUACCUGCCACCUCCGACACAAGGAGCCCAGGGGGCGGCCCUCUUUGUCCUAAUGUCCCCAGUCCCAGCAGAGCACACAGCUGGGCCUGGCUGAGCGGCCGUUGCCCGUCGCCCGCCUCGUGCUCGGCACACGGCAAGGGCCAGCGCUGUGCUAAUACACGGGCUGCCGA